UGUUCAAUAUGGAGUACAGAAACUAGCCUGAUUCGCUCUGCAUUUCACUGCUCUCAUUCAGUUUCGGAUCACUUUAGCAAUUCGGGCUCAAAUUAUGAACUUUCCCCCGUAUAUAUCAGCCUACUGGACACUGUCACGUACGUUUGACAUAUUUCCAAAUGUCGUUGGAAUGUAAGUUGUUUACUAGCUUAGUUAACGAUAACAAAAACCGCGCUGACGUAAACUGAUCUGAAACUGUGGUAAAACACUUGAAAACUAUUGAUUGUUAGGCAAAAUUGUAUAUUAUCUCGACGUUUUCAACAACCGGAGGAAGAUUUCUGGUACUCAAUUGUUACCAAGUUGUGCACAGCGACUAGGUUAUCGGGUGAAAGGUGACAUCGCUUCAGUCUAUUGACUCGUAGAAUGCACAAUGCGGCGAGUGUCUCAGCCUCUCUGGGGUCCAUGGGACUGCUGCGCCUCUUUGGGGUCUCCUGGCCGUGGAGUCUGGCAGCAGGCCUCGGAGUUUAUCUGGGCACAAGCAGCUGGAAAUACUUCUACAUCGCAGCACGCACCGCCAAGAGAGACCUCAAUGGCCUGUAUGUGCUGAUGAGAGUGAAGGUGGCUCUAUGGCGCUACAUGCGUAAUGGAAGUAACAUUCCUUCCAUAUUCGCUCAGACAGUGAAACGGCACCCAAAUAAACCAGCACUGAUCUAUGAGGCCACAGGGGAAAUAUGGACCUUCACUCAGCUGGACGAGAUGUCUAAUGCAGUGGCCCACUGGGCCAGAGGUCAGGGGUGGGUCUCGGGUGAUGUGGUGGCCCUCUUCAUGGAAAGCAGACCUUUGCAGGUGGCUCUUUGGCUGGGCUUGGCCAAGGUUGGGGUGGAAGCUGCACUCAUCAACUUCAACCUGCGGAAUGAUUCCCUCGUGCACUGUGUUGGGGUGUCCGGGUCCCGGGCCAUUGUGUUUGGAACUGAGCUUGCUGAUGCCAUGUCGGAGGUCAGUUCCUCCAUGAACCAGGCCAUGGUACGGUUCAGUACAGGGGAUCUCGGUGCAGAACAUCUGGCCCUUCCGGGUGCCCAACCUCUGGACCCAAUCUUAGCCUUGUCACCUAAACAUCACCCCACACCUUGUGUUCCCCCCAAAGGCAUGAAUGACCGUCUAUUUUACAUUUACACCUCCGGUACCACAGGACUGCCAAAGGCUGCCAUUGUUGUACACAGUCGUUACUACAGAAUUGCUGCUUUUGGAUAUUUCGCCUUUCGCAUGAGCCCAGUUGACAUCAUCUAUGACUGCCUGCCUCUCUAUCACUCAGCAGGUAAUAUCAUGGGCGUCGGUCAAUGUCUGAUCCAUGGCCUCACUGUGGUAGUGAAGAAGAAAUUCUCUGCCAGCCGCUUCUGGGAAGAUUGCAUUAAGUACAACUGCACUGUGGUGCAGUAUAUUGGGGAGAUCUGCCGCUACCUCCUGUCUCAGCCAGUACGGCCGUCAGAAAAAGGACACAAAGUUCGGCUGGCGGUGGGGAACGGGCUGCGCCCCAGUGUGUGGGAGGCCUUCACAGAGCGUUUUGGGGUGGCACAGAUUGGCGAGUUCUAUGGAGCAACAGAGUGCAACUGCAGCAUCGCCAACAUGGAUGGCAAGGUGGGAGCCUGCGGAUUCAACAGUCGCAUUCUCCCCAAUAUUUACCCAAUCCGUCUGGUGAGGGUGGACGAGGACAGCAUGGAGCUGGUUCGAGACAGCCGGGGGCUCUGUGUGACUUGCCGCCCUGGGGAGCCAGGGCUUCUGGUGGGUCGUAUCAACCAGCAGGAUCCAUUACGGCGUUUUGAUGGCUACGCUAACCAGGACGCUACUAAAAAGAAGAUAGCUCACAAUGUCUUCAAGAAAAAUGAUUCUGCAUAUUUAUCAGGUGACGUGCUGGUGAUGGAUGAAUUUGGCUACAUGUACUUCCGUGACCGUGGUGGUGACACGUUCCGCUGGCGAGGAGAAAAUGUCUCCACCACAGAGGUAGAGGGCGUCCUCAGCAGUCUUCUGUGUCAGACUGAUGUGGCAGUGUAUGGAGUGACAGUGGCAGGUGUGGAAGGUAAGGCCGGCAUGGCUGCCAUUGCAGACACAACAGGAACUUUUGACUGCAACAGCUUCCUGCAGAAAGUCCAGCAUGCUCUUCCUUCGUAUGCUCGCCCCGUGUUCCUGCGAAUUUCACCACAGGUGGACACCACAGGUACAUUUAAGAUCCAGAAAACCAGGCUGCAGAGGGAGGGAUACGACCCGCGUCGCAGCACUGACCAGAUCUACUUUUUAAACACUAGAGCCGCGUGUUACGAGGCUGUAGACGAGGAGCUAUAUAAUGCUAUAGCCGAGGGAAGAAUGUCUCUAUGACAUGGAGGCCGUUGCAGGGCAGUCGUGUUGCCUCAGAAAAUAGAUGCUGUAGAGAGAACAUAUGCAUACGCUGGUGUAGGGAUCAGUCGGUUUGGGUGCACCACUGACAGGAUUAUAACCUUUCAGGAAACAGAUGAGAAGACUACUUACAUAGGCAGAGUAUUGUAACAGAUGAAGUUUAAACCUUGUAUGAUUAACACACCAGGCAAUAAUGUAAGGGCAUUUAUUUCCUUUAAUAAUUUGUUGUGUAAUAAUUAUACAUGAACACCUCAAAAAGCCUUUAAGCAUCACCGCACAGAGUGGGUAUAGCACACAACCGAUUUGAAGUAGGAUACAUGCGGUAGCAUCAAGUCAAACUGUUACAGGGUAUAUUCCCAUAUAUGAAGAAGGCUUAAAGAACAAUUAUGUGUAGGUUCAAGCAAUACUUGAGUGUAGAGCUAUGGAGUUACUGAUGUGCGUUUGGAUGAAGCUGAAGGCCAGACUUCCACAUGCAGCUACUAGAUAAAGCACUAACCGUAGUCUCUUUUUAAAGGAAAACUAAUCGCACUUAUGUCAUAUUUAAACCUCUGAACAAAACUGGCACUUGUUUGCAGAUACACGAAGGUUGUGACAGUAUGUGCCUUAUGUGAAAUAUCAGAUCUGUGUUUCAAAUGUUUGUUUUUUUUAAUUAGCUUUUCUUAGAAAGGAGCUCAACAGGUUGUGGUAAUCACGAGUGAUUUUUUGCCAUGCAAAGCUGAGCCACAAGUGUCAUUUUAUAAAACAAAUCUUAUGAGUGUAAUAUAUGGAUAUUUAAAGCUAUUUACAAUUUCACAUCUCCAAGACUACAUAUUUUGUUGUAACUCAAAUUAAAUAUUUUAAAACAA